AUAAACGAUACAACCAGACGUUAUUAUUCACAGUACCGUAAACGUUGUACGGUUAUCAGUCACUUUACGUGUACACGUAAUGUUAAGCGUAUUUGCAGAAAAGCAAAGACGCCAGAUAAAAUACAUUUGGAUCGUCCAUACGUGUGCCAGAGUGGGAUGUCAUUUCUUAAACCAUUAUGCAACAAUAACACAGAAGUACAGACAGAGAUAGCUGUUUAGGGGUUGUGUGGGUUAAUUUAGUUCAAGUUAGUGGUGGGACCACCUAGCAGGAUGUUACAUGUGACUGUGCGGAGGGAUAUGCUGUGUGCUGGGGUGCUCCAUUACCUCCAGCAUGGUGGCAAGAGGUUGAAUAGUCUGUGAGAAGUGUUGCUUCAGCUGGUGGCUAUUGAGAUGUGGACUCUGUACACAGAGUUCAUAUAUAGGGUCUGGUAUUCAAAUGAUGCUCUCUUCUGUCUCCAGUAUCUGAUGCGAUUACCAAAUCAGACUGUAGUGCAGCAGCUCGGAGUGAUCCUGAAGGGUGGAGGGGUUCACACCCCUCUAUAUCUGCAGCAAAUGGAUAAUCUAUACUGGGCUUUUUGUGUCUCGAUGGCCUUUCCACAAAACCCUUAGUCUUCAAAAAACAAAAAAGCCAAUCUACUAAUAUAUUGUGAAUGAGAAGUCAAGCAUGCUCCACUGAUGGAUACCGAUUCGUUCCUUAACAUGUGCUAUAAAGUUGUCUCUCUUUUGAUGACGGAGCCUGUGUGUCUCGGAAUGUGCGAGCAUAUGCUGUGCAGGUCCUGUGCCGGCCCCCGGGCAGGAGAUGGCUGUGUGGUGUGUCAGAGUCCAGCGUGGGUGAAGGACAUCCAAAUCAACAGGCAGCUCAGCAGCAUCGUAACGCUCUUCUGCGGUUUGGAGUUCCUGCUCAAUCCCGUAGAACAACCAGAUUCCUCUGUAGCCAAGAAUCAAACGCAGCCUCAAAGCCCGGUCUUUAAACAAAAGAAGAACUUUAAGAUCUGGUUCAGCCCACGCAGCCGCAAGGUACGCUGCACGGUGGAGAAACCUUCAGAGGUCCUUGUACCGGAGAGCACGUCUUCUCGACAAACGGCAGCAGCGCAGCAAGACGCCGUUACUGCUCGACGCCCGGACCUGUCCGUUUUCAAUUUCACCUUGUCCUCCCCAGACUCUGACUCGUCGUCUUCUCAAAGAUCCAAAAAUGCAAACGGAAAGAAGGGGUCAACUAAGAAACAGGCUGCCGUCAGGAAAGUGUUAGUGCAAGGAGCCGCUCGGACCACGCGGAAACAGACCAAGCGGAACAUGAAGAAGCAGAGACUGAAGGCUAUAAACCAGCAAUGGGGGAUCAUCAAGGAGGCAGAGGCUUCAAAAGAAAAGGAGCAGCACUGUGCGGAAGGGUCGAGGAGGUCCAGUAAAAGAGUUUCCUUCGUAAGCCCUGCUGUCACGUCUGACGAGCCGCAGCCUAAAGUACCACAGGGGAGUACUAAUGAACUCGGCCCUGGCACGAGCACUACGAGGAAGAGUCCCAUUGAAGGCGGCGUCGCUGUACUGAACGACCAAACCCAGCCUGGUCAGGGAAUGUCGGACAGUGAGGUCAACGUAUCGCCCCCAAAGCAUUCAUCGAAACGAUCCAGAGCGGAGGAGAAGGUUGCCGUGUUGGAGACCACACCGAAAAGGCCCAGGGCUUCUCCGUGCAGGCGGAGAAAAUCACAGAUGUCUCCAGCUGUCCUUAACCCUCUUUCUUCGCCUAGCCCCAGGUGUGAUAAGAGCAUCAAAAACUCAAGAGAAGAGCAAGGAGACAGCCCCUCUGUCCGAGCCACAGUCGGUAGAAAAUCUCCAUCUACUCCGGCUGGACGACCAAGCUCAGGGAGCCCUGCGGUUCUGAAGAGGAACCACAAGGGAGAGACCCUGCUGCAUCUAGCUGCUAUAAAGGGAGAUGUAGAGGCUGUCAAGGAGCUGCUGGACCAGGGGGCUGACCCGAACCUGAAGGAUCACGCUGGGUGGACACCUCUGCAUGAAGCCUGUAACCUGGGUCACCUGGUGGUUGUGGAGGUGUUGGUCUCAAGGGGAGCCCUGUUGAACACACCCGGCUAUGAGAACGACUCUCCGCUCCACGACGCCGUGAGGAACGGACAUCCAGCCGUUGUCAAACUGCUGCUGCAGUUCGGAGCCUCGCGGAACAUACUUAAUCUGUAUGGAAAGCGGCCUGCCGACUACGCGGUGGGUCUGGAGAUGCUGGAGGUUUUCCAGGAAAUCUCAGAAGGAACGCAAGAUGCCAACACAUCUCUAAGCCCCUCAACCAGUCUCUCUAUAGUGAGCGACUGUGUGAGGAGGGAUGGCGUGGCGGUGCUUCUGGCCAGCAAGCUGUCACAGCCAGAGCAGGUUCAGGUGGCCAAACUGGGAGAGCUGCUGGGAGGGAGGAUGGCUGACACCUUUUCUGGCUCAGUGAGCCAUGUUGUGGUGCCAGAAGGACACAUGCGCGCCACCAUCUCCGCUCUCCUUGGUCUUCUUGCUGGCUGCUGGGUUGUCAACUUCAGCUGGGUGGAGGCAUGUCUGCAGGCAGGCGAGUGGACGCCCGAAGCCGAGCACCAGGCGGGAGAAGGCCCCCAGCGCAGUCGCAUCAACAGAGAUAGCUUGCUCCCGCCGCUCUUCGACGGCUGUUUCUUCUUCCUCCUCGGCUCCUUUACGGCGCCUUCCAAAGACGAGCUCACCAAGCUGCUCCGGGAAGGAGGAGGUCAACUCCUGAGCCGGCAGCCCAAGCCCGACAGCGACGUAACGCAAACCCUGAGUGCCGCUGCCUACCACGCACUGCCGGGCUCUGACCAGGCCCUCUGCACCCAGUACAUCAUCUUUGACCCCCAGGGCCCUCGCAAGCCAGCAGUGAGGAGGAGAGGUAAGGUGUGGUCGGCUCCCUCCACCUGGCUCAUCGACUGCAUCAAGGCCUUCCGGCUCCUCCCUGUGUCGGACUCUCAAACCCCGGUCUGAACAAUCUUUCAUAUAUCCAAUAAUGAUUUUGCACUGAAAAAUCACUUGUUCUUAAGUAUGGUCAUCAUGUUGUUGUUUUUUUAAUAUGGUGGUUUUAAGUUACCACGAAUAACAUAAACAUUAAAACAAUUAUGUGGCUCUUAACAUUUGAAAUUAAAGUGUUAAUCUAAACGGUUUGUUGUCGAUUUAUUUUUCCUGUGUGUGUGUGUGUGUGUGAGAGAUAAUGUCUGCUACAUAUACUCAGGGUUUGUACGGUCCUGGAAAAACCUGGCAUUUGAAAAUAGACUGUCCCGGGUUUUCCCCCCAGUUAGAUCCCCCCAAACCACCUUAAUGGAUUCCUUUGCACGCAAAAGGGCAGCUACUCCUCUCUGAGCU